AUGUCUGGCUCAGGUACUACGCCAGAGAGGUCAUCGCAUUUGCUACGCUAUUGAUAGCUCGCACCGGGAGUUGGUGGCCAACAACAACACCAACAACAACACAACCGAUGGACAACACAAUCACGGUUUCGAUACGGAAAUCAUUGACAAUCGGCUGAUUGAUGGCCACUAUCGGCUAAAUGGUUACGAAUCGGAACUGUCCGGCGGUUUAGAGGUGACUAAACCGAAAACCAUUUGGUGGUUUACCCGUAAUCUAUUGCUAACAACCCGACAGUUGACACUAUUGAAAAUUUUUGCUACACUAGUGUACAGUUGGUUUAAUAAGGAUAUUAAACUUCACCGUAUUAUCCAAAGACAACGACCCGAUUUGAUUUUGAUGGACGACUUGCAUACCUUUCCCUCAAUAGUUUAUUCGGGUAUACCCUGGGUCUGGCAGGUUAGCGGCAAUCCGUUAAGCGUUUAUGAUGAUACCGACAUACCGACACCUUUUUUAGGUUUGUCCAAUAGUACGCCGCCUACAUUAAAAUCAACAAUAUUUGGAUUAUUAUAUCGUAGUUAUCUAAUAGUGUUGACAUUACUCUACAAAUUGGGUUAUCUAUUGCGCGGAUAUCCCGCUAAUCCGGAUAAUCGUUAUAUACCUCUAUCACCCUAUUUAAACCUAUGCUACUAUCCGGAGGAACUGGACUAUCCUAUUGCCAACAAUAGUAGUGAUGGACAACAAAAAAAUAUACGUAAACUAAUCUAUCGUAUCGAUACAAUGUGGUCACCAAAGUAUGACCAGUCUAGUGAUGGUAAGACAUCGAUAAUUGGCGAACCAUUGAAACAGUUUAUUGAUGAAAGUCGGGGCAAAAAACUAAUACUAGUAUCGAUGGGAUCCUAUUGUUCAGGCGAUCGGCAAUUUAUGGAUAAACUAAUCGGUAUAUUAGCCAAAACAGAGCACAGGUAUAUAGUGGCUAAAGGCUAUAAUGGCGAUAGUUAUCAGUUGCCGGCAAACAACAUGUAUGGCCAACCGUUUCUACCUCAACGACAACUACUACCUCAUGUGGAUCUACUGGUGACUAAUGCCGGCAACAAUAGUCUAUGCGAAGCACUGGUAUACGGACGGCCAUUGUUAGCCCUACCGCUGUAUUUGGAUCAGUUUGAUAACGGCCAACGUCUACAGGAAAUGGGUUACGGUUUACAAUUGGAUGCACACAACUAUACCGAUGGCGAGCUCAGGGAUGCAUUGGAUAUAUUGCUUAGCGAUAGUCAACUAAAGGAACGUUUGAAUCGGAUAUCCCGGCGAUUGAUUGAAUCCGAUAGACUAGAAAUUGCUGUCAAAAUGAUUGAAAAUUUAGGUCUGGCACCCGUCAAGGGUUUCAGACUCGUCAAGGGUUUCAGACCCGUCAAGGGUUUCAGACCCGUCAAGGAUUACAGACCCGUCAAGGGUUUCAGACCCGUCAAGGGUUACAGACCCGUCAAGGGACACAGUCCCGUCGAGUCGCAGGCCCGUCAAGGGACACAGUCCCGUCAAGGGUUACAGGACAUAAGCUUUGAAAUGGCACUGAGUACCUAUAACACUUCCGCCCCUUCAAGUCUGCAUCUGUCCUCAGAUGCGUAA